AUGGCAGCAUUGUCGCAAGCAUCAGCAGCCGCCCUAGCCCGCCUCCGCGCUUUCAAACCCCCACCAUCACAAUACACCAAACUGCCUCUGAGCCGCCGCGCCGCCGUACUCAUUCUCCUGUUCGCCGACCGCCGCGGUGACCUCCGCGUCAUCCUCACCAUCCGCAGCGCAAAGCUCAGAAACUAUGCCGGACAAGCUGCUCUUCCCGGCGGAAAAGCCGAUUACGAGACGGAAAGCGCAUGGCAGACUGCACGUCGAGAAGCAGAAGAAGAAAUAGGAUUGCCGAGCAAGGAUACAGAGUUACCUAAGGGAUAUACCGUCGAGAACCUCACGGAACUGCCUAUGAAUCUUGCAAUGACGGAGUUNGGGGUUAGACCUUGUGUAGCGUGGCUACGGAGCUCAUCAUCCACAUCAGACAUCGCAAAAGAUCUGUUGCCGAAAUUGGAUGCGAGGGAAGUUGCUGCUGUUUUUACGGCACCGUUUGAACAGUUUUUGAAAGAGAGGGAUGAGGGAGUGGCGGAGGGAGAUUGGUAUAGAGGUGCUUGGCAUAGCUGGUACCAUGAACCCUGGCGCAUGCAUAUGUUCCAUGUGCCUGUGAGCCAGAGGACGGUGUUUAGGAGCGUGGAGGUGGAGAAUACGCGGUUGGAUGCUGCGACAGCUCCAUGUUCGCCUGCGUCCAAGGCGCCUGUAUUGCUUGCCGAUCGCGCUGCCCAAGCGUAUGGGAAACCAGUACCUGGCUCUUCAAACAAACAGGAAACAGAAAACAAGAGUCUGGCACAGAAAGAUGCGUUGGAUAUGCCGAGGUAUAGGGUGUUUGGCAUGACGGCAAGGAUCUUGGUGGAUGCGGCGAGAGUGGCUUACGGCAGGGAGCCAGAGUUCGAACACAACAGUCACUUUGGCGACGAAGACAUGAUUCUGCGGUUGAUGAAGAUGGGAAGAUUACAACCGAAGAAGGAGAAGGGAGAGAUCUUGACAAGAGAUGUCAUGCAAGCAGCUGCCAAUGUUGAGUUGAACGGAGAGGAAAAGGGCAAGCUGUGA